GCACCUACCACCAUGGAGCUGAGGUCUCGUGUCGGGGCCAUCUGUUUGUUGGGUUUCGGUUUCCUGCUCCUCGCCACCUCUUCUCAUGGACAGAUUGGGCUUGGAAAGGGUUUUGGUGAUCACAUUCAUUGGAGGACACUAGAAGAUGGGAAGAGAGAAGCAGCUGCCAGUGGAUUGCCCCUGAUGGUGAUUAUCCAUAAAUCCUGGUGUGGAGCUUGCAAAGCUUUAAAGCCCAAAUUUGCAGAAUCUACAGAAAUCUCAGAACUUUCCCAUAAUUUUGUUAUGGUAAAUCUUGAGGAUGAAGAGGAACCCAAGGAUGAAGAUUUCAGCCCUGAUGGGGGUUACAUUCCACGAAUUCUUUUCCUGGAUCCCAGUGGCAAAGUGCGUCCGGAAAUCAUCAAUGAGAAUGGAAACCCCAGCUACAAGUAUUUCUACGUCAGUGCUGAGCAAGUUGUUCAGGGGAUGAAGGAAGCUCAGGAAAGGCUGACGGGUGAUGCCUUCAGAGAGAAACAUCUUGAAGAUGAGUUAUAAUAUGAAUGUAUCCUUUUCUUUCAUCAAAGUUAGUAUUCUGAAAGGAAAGCAGCAAGAAAGGGAAUAUUGAGGAAUUGCCCAAACCAUUAAAAUGGCCAGGAAACCUUGCUCUGCUUACACUGGAUGGAGUUCCCUCACUGUAGGAGAGUUCUGCUAAUAAGCUGGUCUCCAUGUUGGUGAAUCUAGCAGAGUGUGGCUGACUUCCCUCUAUUCCCUCUCUCCUAAAUGUCAUUUUUGUCAUUGAAUGUAAAGAACUGAAUGUAAAGAACAAAUGAACCCUCUUGACACAAAACUUGAUCUAUAAAAGCAACUUGGAAGUUUACUCCUCACACUUUGGUAUUUGAAUCUUUUUUUUUUUUCAUUUCCUCCAGCUUUAUUCACCUUGGUGGUAAAAGGAGGCCAGUAGCAUCUUUUCUAAAGUGUUAAAAUUGCUGACAUAGCUUACCAUUUUUUUUUUUUUUUUAAAUAACAAAUGGUAAAUGUAAAUCAGUAAUUCUACCCCCUACUGAACAUACUGGCCUGCUUUUUCUCUUUUUCUCCUGGGAAUAAUCUUGAGCUUCUUCCCGAAUUCCUGUGACAGCCUUCCUUUUCGUCGCCUCGGGCUUCCCUGCUUGCACGCAUGCGUGUGCAGGAAUGACUGUGCUUGGACUCAGCCCUAGCUGGAAGCAUGCUUUCCCUUGUUACUGUUGGAGAAACCCAAACCUUCAAGCCCUAGGUGGAGCCAUUUUUGUCAAGUCAUCAACUGUAUUUUUGUACCGGGGUUAAGAAAAAAAGAAAAUACCAGUUGUUCCAUUACACUUUAAUAAAACUUAAAAAGGAA